AUGAGAAUAUUAAUAGACUUUGAUGAAACUAUAACCACCAAAGAUACUAUUUCCUUAUUACUUUCCCUUCCCCAACAUCAUCUUCAACCUUCACAUUUCUCUGAUAUUUAUCUAUCAGCUUAUAAAAGUCACGUGAAGUCAGUUGCAAACGUGGAAGAUGAAAUAAACUUUCAAAAACAAUUAUUGUCAGUGGAGAAUACUUCGAUCAAUGCUUUACAGCACGAGAAGUUCUUCAAAGGUAUAACUGCCAACCAGAUCGCGAGAUUGAGUUCUGAGGUGGCUGUACAGCCGGGUUUCUUUACUUUUUUGAGAAAGUGUAAGACGUUGAAUCUUGCUGUUUCAAUAUUAAGUCUUAAUUGGAGCUCAGUAUUGAUAAGACUGGUAUUGGGUGAGUUUGGUAAUGAUGUAGAGAUUGUGUGUAAUGAUCUUGAAAUGGUGGAUGGGGUUUGUACGGGGAAUUUUAAGGGAAAUAUCAGGACAGGGUAUGAUAAAUUACAAUAUAUACGACAAUUCCCCCAAAAAGUUUAUAUAGGAGAUAGUCGAUCAGAUUUAUUGAGUCUAUUGGCUAGUGAUGUGGGUAUAGUAAUGGAAUCGGGAUCAUUGUUGAAAAAAUCACCAUGGGAAUUGAAAAUUAAAUCCUUGAAUGAGAUUCGAUUUGUGGAUAAGUUUACACAUAGAAAAGUGAAUGAGUUUACAAAUAGAGAAGUGGACAAGUGUACAAAUAGAAAAGUGAAUGAAUUUUCUAAUCAACUUUAUAAAGCUAAUUGGCAUGACAUAGUUGAAUUUAUUUAG